AUGGUUUUGCCCAAAUCGAUGCACCAACGACUUUUGCCGUCGGAGGUUCAGUUCUUAUCAGAGAACGAGCUCAUAACAAUUCUUCCAAGAUACUCAAUGAAACGAUUAGAUUUAAUUGGCGUACGUUACAAUUUCAGCGAUGUUAGAACGGAUUCAAAAGUUGCACCAUUGAAAGCCAUGAGGAGAAUGGAAGUUCCCUUAUGGGUUGCAUUAAUCUUGAAGGCACAAGAUAAAUGUAAUAUAAUCCCCCCGGGCUGGCUUUCUUACAGUUAUCUCAAAGAGAAAUACGAGGAAGAGAAAAGGUUCACUGACCUGUUCUCUGAUCUACCAUGGAAUUGGCUCGAAAUAUCAAACAUUAUUCUUGCCAAAGCAUCUGAUGAUCUUACAGAUUCUCAUAGUCAACUAAGAUCUUUGAUUCAAGACUUAAGGGAAAUGCGCCAAUUGAAAGCUCGCCGGGGAUUGCGUGAGUUGAAUGAAUCCAACAUCCAGCUUCAUGGCCUCUCAUUAAUGGAAAUCAACGAAAUUCGUCCAUUUGUACUUGGUAUAAUGGGAAAGUUGCUUCAGCUACACCACAGCGUCAGACCGGAAGACGUUGCACCCGAAGAUGAUGAUAACGAAUCAGAUUUGGAGUAG